ACGCCCAGGAAAGAAGACUGCAGUGUGAUGAGAACCGAUGCGACGUAUGUAGAUGUAGUAAAAGAAGAUCUGAGAAACAAGCAAUAAUUGUCAGAGGAUGGUGUGAGAGAGAGAGCGCUCAUUUGAAGUGUCAUCGUGAAGUGGAUAAUGAGAAUCAUUAUUUGAGAAUCUUGAAGGGUAGAAACAAUAAAUCUUCUGUUUGUUUACAUCGUAGUGGUAACUACGAUCGGUGCGGCGCGAUUGUCAGUGACUCGGGAAUUCUAGAACUUUUGUAAAAAUGUCUUCGGAAGAGGAAAGAUUUGACGGCAUGCUUUUGGCCAUGGCUCAGCAGCAUCCAGGUGGUGUAGUAGAGCUGUUGGAUACAUUCUUCAGUUUCCUUGCCAGAAAGACUGACUUUUAUACUGGUGCCCCAGAUGAUAUUCCAGAGAAGAUGGUUUUGGAAAAAUUUCAAAAACAUCAGGACCUAGCUCUCCAAGAACAAAAGAAGAAGAAAGCUAGUUAUGAAGAAAUGGAACGACAGAAACAAGAAAAGAGAAAAAAACGAGAACUGGAGGAGAUGGAAGCUGCAAAUCAACCUAAGAUAAAAGAAUUGACAGAUGAGGAAGCCAUUCAGCUAGAGAAAAAUUUGGCCAAAGAAGCUGAAGAAGCAAAAAAUAGAUCAUCAAAAGUAGAAGGUCCAUCAAAUGAUGCUGAUGAUGAUGAAACUGAAGAAGACAAGUCAAAAAUUAAACCAAAUGCUGGUAAUGGAUGUGAUUUAGAGAACUACCGAUGGACUCAAACUCUACAGGAAGUUGAGGUCAUCAUUCCUUUGAAUAUAAAAGUCAAAUCCAGAGAUGUGGUUGUCAGUUUUGGCCGUCGAACUAUUAAGGCUGGACUAAAAAAUGCUACCCCAAUCAUCGAUGGUGAACUAUACAAUGAAAUCAAAGUAGAAGAGUGUAACUGGUAUCUUGAUAAUGCCAAAGCAAUUGUUUUAACUUUAGAGAAGAUAAAUAAAAUGGAGUGGUGGGGCCGUUUAGUAAUGUCUGAUCCUGAGAUCAAUACCAGGAAAGUUAAUCCGGAGCCUUCAAAGUUAGGAGAUUUGGAUGGAGAAACAAGAGGCAUGGUAGAAAAAAUGAUGUACGAUCAACGGCAAAAAGAAAUGGGGAAGCCUACAUCAGAUGAACAGAAAAAACAGGAUGUUCUCAAAAAGUUUAUGGAACAACACCCAGAGAUGGACUUCUCAAAAUGAGCUGUGUGAAGAAGCAGAAGCUAUCAAAAGAGAACUCUUCCUUGAAUUGACCCCAUAAAAAAUGUUUGAUCACUGGAGUAACCGAGAUGAGAGACUUUACUAUGUGACAUUUUAUUUUGUUAAAUGAAUAUAUUAGUGUUCGAGUGAUGUUGCAUUUCCCAUGUGGGAUUGAUUGAUUUAGUUUCCCGUGUAUUGCCGGAGGGUAAUCUGUUCUCUCUAUGUAAGGCUUAUCUGGGUUUAAUUUUGGUUUUUCUUUUGAUUUG